GCUAGCCAUUUCGCGAUACUUCAAAAUUUCUUCCUUCUCUUUCAACCCAAAGCACAUAGCAGCUCCUUGUCUCCAUGACCUCAUCUAACAAACCAAGCCACCACUGUAACGAGGAGCACCAGCACCAUCAGAACCACCACCACUGUCCGUAUUCAGGUCCACUCUUUAUUAUAAAUCCUAAUGCUUAUACCAUUAUGAAUAUUCCUCAUUGUUCGACCCCGAAUUCGGUGCAUGCUUUUGAGGUCAAUACAGAACCACUACCAAUUCCCUCCGGUAUCUACGGUGCUUGUAUGUCUCAUUGCUCGAACACUUUGGGCUCUUUUGCAGAGAAGAUUAACGUGCAUGCAGAUACUAUAAGGCUAGUUCCUGAUAACAAGAAUUCAGGGUCCCAAAAGCUUUCUUUCACUUUCGAUGCUCUUGAACCUGGCAGCUUCACCAUAUUUUACGUUGCCAAGGAAGAAGCCAACUUUACCUUCAAGCCCGUGGGUUCUGUCAUACAAGAACCCAAAAUAUAUCAGUUCCAGAAAGGACUGGCUCAGAAAUUCGAUCAGCCUGAAGGCGGCAUAAACCUCAGCGUAUUUAAAUCGGUUGAAACUUUUAAACACGAAGGGGGUGUUUACCCACUUGUUAUCUCUGCAGAAAUAAGUUUGUCAUCUUCCUGCUCAGUGCCUCUGCCUAUCGCAACUUCUCAUGGACAAAUUACUCAAGCUGUUCUGGAGGAAAAUACAGAGGGCCAUUUUCAAGUGAAAGUAAUGAACCAGAAAUCAUGGUGGCAUAAGAUAAGUACUAAUAAUGAGCCAAGGGAUGACAUGGCAGAUACAGAUGUUCCUUUAAAAAAAAGAAAGAUAUCAAAGCCAGCUGGGGACGAAGCUUGCAAUGCUGGCUUUAGAACAAAACGUAUUAACAGCAAUUUCAAGGGUGCAAAUUUCAUUUUCAACAACCUAGGACCAACUAAUAUUGUCAAAUACAUGAACAUAGGUCCUGGUGCUGGUGGUAGAAAUGAAGGCAAGAAAGCUGGAAGUAUCAACGACAAUAGGGGAUGUGUUCAGUUGAAACCCAGCAAGGCUGGGUUCGGUGGAAACCCAGCCUUGCUAGGUUCGCCGGAACCCAACAGAUCUGGGUUUCGACGAACCCAACAAGGCUGGGUUCCGUCAAACCCAGCUUUGCUGGGUUCGGUUGAAACCCAGCAAGGCUGGGUUCGGUGGAAACCCAACCUUGCUGGGUUCACGACCAGCCAAGGCUGGGUUCGUCGGAACCCAGCAGAUCUGCUGGGUCUUCAACCGAACCUAGCUUUGCUGGGAAAGCUUGAUGGAGUGGAGAUGAGAGAGCAUUCACGGAAGAAGAAGAAAUGGGUUAAGAUCGAUUUUGCAGAUGGAGUGGAGAUGAGAGAGCAUUCAGAGAAUAAGAAGAAAUGGGUUAAGAUCGAUUUUGCAGAUGGAGUGGAGAUUAGAGAGCAUUCAGAGAAUAAGAAGAAAUGGGUUAAGAUCGAUUUUGUAGAGGAUGAAGACGAGAAAUCAGUUUGCAGGUGACUGGAAUCUAUUGGAGGAUGAAUAUGAAGAAGAUGACAUGUCAUCAAAAAAGAAAGUCCAAAUAAGCAUCUUUUUAAGUUGUGUUUGCCAUGUCAUCAAAAAAAAUAUAAAAAAUGCCAUGUGGU